AUGGAGGGAAUUAGCAACAAGGGCUUGAGGUUUGGAACAAUUAAUUUUAGUGAUUAUCAGGGUCUUAAAGUGUUAGGUUACAAGAAAGAUGAUGCUUUGAGCCAAGAGUUUCCGAAUUCAGCUAUGAAGGAUCUUGUGAAUGAAAAUGAGGAUGCCCAAGGAGGUCCUAUGGUGUCCAAAGAUGGAGAUCAUCAGAAGCAGAACUACCCACUAAGGCAGGAGGUGAAGAAUUGCUUCUAUUUUGUGAAUUAUGGUUGGUGCAUGUAUGGAUCCAAUUGCAGAUUUAACCAUCCAAACAAUCAGCUUGCUCAGGGAUGUUUAAAUGAAACCGUGGUGGCUCCAGUUUCUGACUUUAGUUUCAGUGGCUUGCCAGUUCCACAAGUAGCGAAAGAAUGCCCUCACUACAGGCAAAAUGGUUCAUGCCAGUAUGGUUUAAACUGUUGGUUUGAUCAUUCGGAACCUUCAUCAAUGGAAGGAGGAUUCCUUCAUUCUGGAUAUACAGGGUUGGAAGAUACUAUGCAAUGCAGCUGGUCAUUUACUGCACCAGUAAACGAAAUUGGUCUGUGCAACCCCUACACGUAUCAACAGGAACAAAUUUUUCCAUCCUCUGAAUGGAGUGGCAAUCAGGUACCCUACAAAGAAUGGAGCCCGUCAUUCCCUACGACAUUUUCUAUGAAAACUGCUGCAGCUGUUGCCAAGCCCUUUCAGCCGAACCAGGCAAGAUUGCUUACUAUAGGAUCUCCGAAACCAGAAGAGCAGCCUGAAGAGAAACCAGAAGAGCAGCCUCUAAGAUCUGAUACUGAAGUCUGUGCAUUCUAUGGUGGCUAUGGGGUCUGCAAGGAGGGACCAGCAUGCAGAUUUAACCAUCCAGCAAACCUACCCAAGCAGGUUCCUCGUGCUGGAUCUGAUGAAGCUGAAGUUCUCUCUGCGGGAUCCCCCGAAGCUCAGGCUCCUCCUGCUGGAUCCCAAGAAGCUCACUCACCUCAGCUUUCCCACCAGUCCACUCAAGGGAAAAACUGA